AUGUCCAAGGGGAAAAAACUGUCCGAUGUUGUAGACAUCAUGAAGAGUCGAGGUUUUCGUGCUGAGUGCACGUACAUAAAGAAACGGGGUCUAGACAAGAAGAACAAGGCAAACCAAUGCCUGCGCUCCUUUGUUAGACUGACAGGGCUAACUCCUCGGGCUCAGGAAAUUGAUAUGGUGUUUGCUUUUCAAAAGCUCCAGGGUAGACACGGGAAGGACACUGUAUUCAAGAUCCGAGGACGCGACCGCAGCCAUCGAGCUGUUGGAAAUUACUGGAAGCGCAGGGGUGUCAACCCAGCACAAUUUGCCGACAUCCCAAGGACUCCUCCCUGUGUAGCAUACCGUACACCAAGCCCGUGUCCAGGAAAGGAUGGCCUAGCUGACGUCGCUCGGGAACAUGCCACUUUAGACAACGACUGGACCGUGGCUCCAGUUUCCUCACCCAGCAGCCCAUCCAGUCCUAUUUCCUCCCUAAGAGCGCGCGAUUUCUCAACCGAAGGUCGUUGGGUCGAAUUGACCUCCACAUGCCAAUCAUUCGGCUUACGCUCCCUUCGCUCUCCAGAACUCUCUGGAUCUCAUGAGCAGAUCUUGUUUUACACCAAGAGAUGUUUUGAAAGGAGCGUUGAAUAUUUUAAUUGCCAAAAAGAAGCCCAGUCUUUGGGGAUCAACGAGAAGGCCCUCGCUCUGUUCUUGCGCAAAUGGCUUCAGUUUGAAUCGGCAUACUAUCACAAUCUGUUCGACGCUCAUGAGAAGGUCUCUUACAUGGACGUACUUAAUGUCAUACCUGAUCUGCUGCAACACAUCAACCUAUGCAGGCCUGUAGGCUACGGUCUCGAUGCCUGGCUCUCGACGUAUGACCAGUAUCGGACGGCGUCGUACCAUGUCAGAAUUGGAAAUCUAGAAGCUAGUACCAUGACCGAGGUCGGACUCCAAAUGUGUACCGAGCUCAAAUACGAUUCGAAAGUCCGCACCGAGCUACGAUCAAAAUUUCUGUACCUCCAAGGCAUUAUAAGACAAGGAAACUUACAAAUGUUGGAAGCGCUCGACUCUCUUAACGAAGCCCUGGGCCUCAGACUGGCGCUUUUUGGAGCCGGUGAUCAUUUGGCUACGGCAAUGGCAUCAUUGAUGAGAAACAUCGAGUUGCAACACAGAGUGGAAGUACUUGAAACUUGA